GUUAAUGUUGGUAUAUGCUUUUUUUUUGCCUGAAAUGGCGUGCUCACCAGGACGUAUUCAGGAACUUGUUAUAUCGAAUUACGGUAUGAUCAAUAAAUCUGUAUUGGGAAACGCCGGUCUGUUUUCUUUGCCAAUUUUUUAGAGAACAGAACAGGAAGGCAAAUCAACUAAAGUCUCAACAGUUGCAGGAAAAAGCCAGAGUUUCACGUACUGAUUAAUGCAUUAUCAGUAUUCAAACAUGGCAGAGGCUCACAACAUAAGCACCAUUCCCAUCGAGGACAGCAUAGAAGGGUUUGAUAUGUUUCAGUCGGUUACCCAGCGGUACUAUACUCCAAGGUAUUGCGUUGACGAACGAGGAAAGGGCGAAGACCACCUCGUUCUGUUUCACUCCAACAGGAUAUGCUUGAUAACAUUAGCAGCGUCCCACCCCAUACUCAAAGAGAAGAAAGAUAUAGGUAAAAUUAAUUUUCAAGUCUCUGCUAAUGUCGACAGACUGAAGAACAAGGUUUCUGGGAAAGGCAAGCAUGGAGCGCAAUUUCUGCAUCCAAAUUCUCCACUUUGUUACAUUGAAUGUUUGGAUGGCUCAACAUACACAGUACGAAGUUGCAUACAAGGAAAACUGGUGGAAAUUAAUGACGCAUUGAUAGAGAAUCCAAAGUUACUGAUUGAAAAACCUGAUGCGGAAGGUUACGUAGCAAUCGUGUUACCUGGAAUUAACAAUAGUAAUCAACAGAAACAGAAAUUGUUAACAGUGGAGGAGUAUAAUGAGAUACUGGAGAAACAAUCGACAUUGUAUGAUUAGGCGUGAACAAACUUUUUAACUGUAAUUUAUGGUACAAACGAAUAAAACACUGUUACUUA